AUGUCGAAAACCAUUGUGAUCCUAGGAAUCACUGGAAAACAGGUAAAUAAUCUAUGCAACAGCUUGUUCGGAAUAACAACUAAGAUCUGUAGGGUGGCUCAGUAGCUGAUCGUUUUCUAGCCCUUCCGGAUUGGAAAAUCCGAGGCAUAACCCGCAACACUACCUCCAAAUCUGCUCUAGCUCUUUCAUCCAAAGGAAUUGAACUCACUGUUGCAGAUUUCAACGAUCCCCCAACUAUCAAGACUGCCUUUGAAGGAGCGACGGCAAUCUUUGUUAACACAAACUUCUGGGAACCAUUCUAUAACCCCGGAACCAAAGCUCUCCUCAAAGAAGGCCAAUCGCUUAACGAAUACUGCUACGAAGAAGAAGUACAACAACUCAAAAACAUUGCGGAUGCAGCAGCAAAGGCUGAAGGACUGGAGAGAAUCGUGCUCAGCGGCCAGUGUAAUGUUGAUAAGUGGGCAAAUGGAAAGUACAAAGCGGUGUAUCAUUUUGAUAGCAAGGCAAGAGGGGCUGAGUAUUUGAAAGAGAAGUAUCCUGAUCUGGCUGAGAAAAUGACCGUCUUGAUUAUGGGGAACUAUAUGGCGAACUGGAAGGAUGGUCUGUAUUUCCGAAAGGUAUGAUCGAAAACUCCACCUACUUGACUUUCAGUUCUAAUCAGAGUAUAGACACAGGAAGGAACUAUCAAGCUCCCCGUCCUCAAAGGAACUCAACGCAAUCUCCGGGCUCAAGUUGAUACCCGUGACACGGGUGCUUUAGUCUACGCAGUUCUCAACUGUACACCAGGGAAAACCAUCCUCGGAGCUGGAUGCCAAGUUUCCUGGACCGAUCAAUUCAAGAAAUGGUGUGACAUGCAAAACUUGAUUUACGGGGGUUUUGAUGAGGUAACGCUUGAGCAAUUCGAGAAGUUUGCUCCUAUUCCGGGUUUGAUGACGGAGAUUGGUGAAAUGAUGUUAUUCGAGGAUGAGUUUGGAUAUACUGGUGGGGAGGAAAUCGUGCUUCCUAAGAAUGUGAGUUUUUGUGUCUUGUUCCACCAACAGACAUUUCGCUAAUAAGUUUCUGGUAGUUGGGCGUGCCUUUUCAAAUGACCAGUGGGGAGGAGUACGUCAAGAAGGAGGAUUGGUCUCGUGUUUUGGCUACAUUGAAGUAG